GAGGGAGAGAGAGAGAGAGAAGGAGAGAGAGAGAGAAGGGGAGAGCAAGGGAGAGGGAGAGAGAGAGUGUGGAGGAGCAGCCAGUCAUUCCUGCCUCACUCCAGGCUCUAAGUUUACAGGCAGCCCGGCAGGAUCUGUUUUUUUUUUGGCUUGGACACAGCUCUCAUGACAGGAUUAGGAGCCGGGGACGCGGGACCAACCGGAGAUCUGCAGGUCCUAGUGGAAGAGCCAGAGCCAGAUUCUCUCCCAGCACAGCUGUGACCGGCCUCCAGUGUCCCGUCACACAAAUCACCCGACAACUGUCUCUUCGAGGUCGACCUGUUUACAGAGAGGCCUCCCCUUUCCUCUUCCCAUCAUGCGUCUCCUCGCCGCUCUCCUUCUCUUGCUGGUCCUGCGGUCGGCUGAGCCCAGGAGAGGCCCUCGGUCGGGGGCUGCGGAGAGGGGUAGCAGGGGCAAGGUGCGAGGCAGAGGCAGGGCGGGGGUCAUGAGGCGGCAAACUCAGGAGUGCAAGGAGUACAUGGAGGCAGGGGAGAAGUACCUCGACUGUCAGGACAAGCAGCUGACCUCGGUGAUGCAGGACUGGCCCAAAGACAUUAACCACCUGCUGCUAGCGAGAAACAAGAUUCAGGUUUUGCGGGACAACAUGUUCUUCCAGUUCACCCAGCUGAAGAGCCUGGACCUCCAGCAGAACCACAUCUCCAUGGUGGAGGACGAUGCGUUCAGCGGCCUCUCGCAGCUCACCACCCUGCUCCUCCAGCACAACAGACUGAAAACAGCCUCCGAGGAGAUCCUGCUGCCCCUGCCCCGCCUCACCUACCUCCGUCUCUACGAGAACCCUUGGAGCUGCCACUGCUCCCUGGACAGCCUGGUCAGGAAGCUGCAGGUGCCCAGCAGCCGCAACCUGGGCAACUUCGCCAAGUGUGCGGAGCCUCUGUCGCUGAGAGGCCAGAAGCUGAAGAAGCUGAAGGUGGACUCGCUGUGUGUCGACGACAACCAAGUGAGUACGGGAGGCAAGGAGGGGGGGCGCCCGAGGCCUCCGCUAAUCAAAGUGAAGUCGGAGGCCACGUCUUUGUGUCACACCUACAUGUUCCCAAAACCUCAGCUGGACUGCAACACCAGAGGUUUGGAUCACAUCCCGUCUGACCUGCCGUCUGACAUUGUGAAGAUGGAUCUGUCCAGUAACAUCAUCAAACAUCUCAGGCCCAAACAGUUCCUGCUGUCCAAAGACCUCAAGCUGCUCAACCUGAGCAGCAACAGCCUGCAGCGUGUAGACAGAGCUGCAUUUGCAGGCCUGCUGUACCUCCGUGAGCUUGACCUGUCCAACAACAGCCUCCAUUACUUCCAGUACGGUGUACUCGAGGACCUCUACUUCCUACGGAAGCUCUCACUGGCCAACAACCCAUGGAUCUGUGACUACAAUAUCCACUACCUGAUCUACUGGCUCAAGCAUCACCCAGGCGUCUCUUACACUGGCCUGUUCUGCAGCGAGCCGCGGGAGUUCAGGGGCUGGCGCGUUGAAGACUAUGUCAAGACCUACAACGGGGAGUGUCCCAAGGAUAAACAAAUAGGGGGGGUUGACACAGGACAGGGAGGACAGGGAGAUUCGGACAAUGAAGCACAAGAGGCGUUGGGGGAGACUGAGCAUCUGCUUCAGCACCUGAAGCAGAAGAAGCGAAAAAGGUUUGAGAUCAUCAGGCUGAGUUAAAGCGGAGAUGGAUCAGUGGACUGGUGUGGUUUAGAAUGGAGGGAAAUGUACAGAAGAGGCCACAGGGUGGUCUGUGGACAGGCUGGAGGACGGAUUAUUAAAGGCAAUGAUUUGUUGUUCAAGUAAAGACAUGAUGAGCGCAAAUACAAAUUUGGAGUAAAAUCCAGAAUUUUGGCUUUUUCUUAUGAUUCUUAAAUUUGAAGUCUUAUUGCUACGUUUACCUUUAAACAAGAGGUGUAGGGAAAUGCUGUUUGAACUUUUGUUGUAUCUUUUUAUUUCUUUUUAACAAAAGUUAUCUUUCUGUCUUUUUUUCUGUCUUAAUUAAUGUAUGAUAUUGUCGACCUGUUUUCUGGGAAUAAAAUUGGGUUUAUUUUUUCUGAACAUGUGUUUUUACUAGAUGAUGCACAGACACGAUGGAGAGAAGAAGGUGGGAUGAAAGCAGAUCGCUGAUUUAAUGAGGACAUGAAAGUUCCAGAUAGACUUCUCUGGGAAUCCACCACAUGCUAACUAGAUAGAAAGAAAACGAAUUGUAGAACAAUCAUCUGAACUCAUAUUUCAAAAGACAGUUGAUAGAAAAAUGCAGGGCUGUUCAAAUUAAACUCAUGGGCAUGUGGGGUAAAAAGCUCUAUUCACAUAUUUGGAAAAGACAGGAGGGAGGCCAGUCUCCAUCCAGUAAACACUCUAUGAUGUUUCUGUCUAGUCGCUUGUCGCCACCAUUAUGAACUUUGAAAAACAGUUUGCAAUGCAUCCUGGGAUAGGUCGGCCCGAGAGGGGUCCACCCUCCUGAGCCUUUCUUGAGGGGACGCACUUUUAAGGAGCCUUUGAAAUGGAACAGCCGGGUUCUUUGGCUGUGAUGCAUUUUCAAAUGCCCCGUCUGAAGGAUGCAGCCGCUGAAUUGAGACACAGCUAUAGACUGUCACUGCCAAUCCUAUAUUUCAUUUGACAUGUGAAUUAUGACGAAUGACAGAGAUUUCGAUGUUGCAUAGACAAAGAAGAAGUUUUGUGGUGUGUGUUCCCUUGAUGAAACUCCCAAGUCCCGGGUGCUUAAACAUGGUAUUUCAUAUCCUGCUGUCACUGAAGGAGUAAAACACACAGUUUAGCAAUGAAACUCAAAUAAAGUUUGUUACUGAAAAUGAAUAAAAAAUGUUUCACAGUCA